AUGGGUAAUCUAAAUUACCCAAGAAUUAAGUUAUACUGGGACCAUAAAUUACAAAUUCCACUGAUUUCCAAUAAUAUAACUGUUAACAGGUUUUAUAAAUUGCGACAACAUAUUCACUUCGUGAAUAUUCACGAAAAAUUGGACAACAGUGACAGAUUUUGGAAGGUGCGUCCAUUAUAUGACGCAAUUAGGAGAAGAUGCCUUUCCCUUCCAUUGGAAUCAAAAUUGUGUGUGGACGAGCAAAUGGUGCCGUUCAAAGGCAGUUUGAACGUCAAAAACAAACCCAAACCAUGGGGAAUUAAGAUUUUUGCGCUAUGUGGCAGCAGUGGCAUCUUGUAUGAUUUUAUAAUAUAUCAAGGAUCUACUACUGAACUUGACCCACAGCAACUUGAUGUAUUUCGUGCGGGUGCUGCAGUGGUACUAAAAUUAUCUGAACGAAUCUCGCACCCUAGGGUGCAGUUAUAUUUUGACAACUAUUUUUCAAAUUAUAACUUACUUCAGUACCUUAGAAAUAGGCAAAUAUAUACAACGUGCACAGCAAGAGCUGAAAGAUUUAAAAAUCCGCCAUUUUCGUCAGAUAAGGAUAUGAAAAUAAAAGGUCGAGGUUGUUCCGAAGAAAUUAUUGGCGGGGAUGGGGAAGUCAUAAUGACAAAAUGGUACGACAACCGGCCAGUUGUAAUGGCAUUAAAUUAUAUGGGAGUUGGUGAUAAAGACCAGUGCCGGCGAUGA